AGUCACCUCCUCCUUGGCAAAUAGUCCGCGGCAGGGUCCUAAUUCUUGGAUAAUAGGAGAGGGUUAGCACGAGGAAGUGCAGUCAGGGGACGCGGAACUGACAAGGAGAGGGAGACAGGUACCGAGGUUUCUGCGAUAGCGUGUGAAGUUAGCUAAGAACACCCUCCCCCCGAAGGAUCCCUCCGCCUGCAGUAGCGGUGGUGAGGCUGAGGGAGCCGCCAUUUUGGAUGUUCGGUUCCUGCUGCCACUGCCGCCGCCACCCCCGGAGCUGCUGGUUUCAUUCGAGGUUUCGUGCCGAGGAUGCCAGCCCCCAUCCGAUUGCGGGAGCUGAUCCGGACCAUCCGGACAGCCCGAACCCAAGCCGAAGAACGAGAAAUGAUCCAGAAGGAAUGUGCUGCAAUCCGGUCAUCUUUUAGAGAAGAAGACAAUACAUACCGAUGUCGGAAUGUGGCAAAAUUACUAUAUAUGCACAUGCUGGGCUACCCUGCUCACUUUGGACAGUUGGAGUGCCUCAAGCUUAUCGCCUCUCAGAAAUUCACAGACAAACGCAUUGGCUAUUUAGGGGCAAUGCUGCUCUUAGAUGAAAGACAAGAUGUCCAUCUCCUCAUGACCAACUGUAUCAAGAAUGAUCUUAAUCACAGUACGCAAUAUGUUCAGGGGCUAGCACUUUGUACCCUCGGCUGCAUGGGCUCCUCAGAGAUGUGUAGAGAUCUUGCAGGGGAAGUAGAGAAACUCCUGAAAACUUCCAACUCUUAUUUGAGAAAAAAGGCAGCACUGUGUGCUGUUCAUGUCAUCAGGAAGGUUCCUGAGCUUAUGGAGAUGUUUUUACCAGCAACAAAAAAUUUAUUGAAUGAAAAGAACCAUGGUGUCCUUCACACAUCUGUAGUCCUCCUCACAGAAAUGUGUGAGCGAAGCCCAGACAUGCUUGCACAUUUCAGAAAGAAUGAAAAGCUUGUGCCCCAAUUAGUUCGUAUUCUAAAGAACCUCAUCAUGUCCGGAUAUUCACCAGAACAUGAUGUUUCUGGUAUCAGUGACCCCUUUUUGCAGGUACGAAUUUUGCGGUUAUUAAGAAUUCUAGGACGAAAUGAUGAUGACUCAAGUGAAGCUAUGAAUGAUAUAUUAGCACAGGUUGCCACUAAUACAGAGACUAGUAAAAAUGUAGGAAAUGCUAUUCUUUAUGAAACGGUUUUAACUAUCAUGGAUAUUAAGUCAGAGAGUGGAUUGCGAGUCCUAGCCAUAAAUAUUCUGGGUCGUUUCUUAUUGAACAAUGACAAGAAUAUUAGAUACGUAGCUUUGACAUCUUUAUUGAAGACUGUGCAGACUGAUCAUAAUGCAGUACAGAGGCACAGAAGCACGAUUGUGGACUGUCUGAAAGAUUUGGAUGUCUCAAUAAAACGGCGUGCAAUGGAAUUGAGUUUUGCCCUGGUAAAUGGGAAUAAUAUCCGAGGCAUGAUGAAGGAGUUACUUUAUUUUCUGGAUUCAUGUGAGCCAGAAUUUAAAGCAGACUGUGCAUCUGGAAUCUUUCUUGCUGCAGAAAAGUAUGCACCUUCCAAACGGUGGCAUAUAGACACAAUUAUGCGGGUUCUGACAACGGCAGGAAGCUAUGUUCGUGAUGAUGCAGUCCCCAACUUGAUCCAGUUAAUAACUAAUAGUGUGGAGAUGCAUGCCUAUACUGUCCAGCGCUUGUACAAAGCAAUUCUUGGUGAUUAUUCUCAACAACCUUUGGUACAAGUAGCUGCAUGGUGUAUAGGUGAAUAUGGAGAUCUCCUCGUAUCUGGCCAAUGUGAAGAGGAAGAGCCUAUUCAGGUAACAGAGGAUGAAGUGUUGGAUAUUUUAGAAAGUGUCCUAAUCUCUAAUAUGUCCACCUCUGUGACACGAGGUUAUGUCCUCACUGCCAUUAUGAAGCUGUCUACUCGAUUCACCUGUACCGUAAACCGAAUUAAGAAAGUGGUUUCCAUCUAUGGAAGCAGCAUUGAUGUGGAACUCCAGCAGAGGGCAGUAGAAUAUAAUGCACUUUUUAAGAAAUAUGACCAUAUGAGGUCUGCCCUGCUUGAGAGAAUGCCUGUCAUGGAAAAAGUGACCACAAAUGGCCCUACUGAGAUUGUUCAGACAAAUGGAGAGACAGAACCAGCUCCACUGGAGACCAAACCACCACCCUCUGGGCCACAGCCCACCAGCCAGGCCAAUGAUUUAUUGGACUUGUUGGGAGGAAAUGACAUAACACCUGUUAUUCCCACUGCACCUACAAGCAAACCAGCUUCUGCUGGUGGAGAACUUCUUGAUUUGCUAGGAGACAUCAACCUUACAGGUGCUCCAUCUGCUGCUCCCGCCCCCACCUCAGUCCCGCAGCUCUCCCAGCCUCCCUUCUUGUUGGAUGGGCUUUCAUCACAGCCUCUUUUCAAUGACAUCGCUGCAGGCAUUCCCUCCAUCACAGCAUACAGUAAGAAUGGCCUGAAGAUAGAAUUCACCUUUGAACGGUCCAACACCAAUCCCAGUGUCACUGUAAUAACGAUACAGGCCUCCAAUAGCACAGAGUUGGACAUGACAGACUUUGUUUUCCAGGCUGCAGUACCAAAGACAUUCCAGCUGCAGCUUCUGUCUCCUAGUAGCAGCAUUGUCCCAGCAUUUAAUACAGGGACCAUCACACAAGUCAUUAAAGUUCUGAACCCACAGAAGCAACAGCUGCGAAUGCGGAUCAAGCUCACAUAUAAUCACAAGGGCUCAGCAAUGCAAGAUCUAGCAGAGGUGAACAACUUUCCCCCUCAGUCCUGGCAAUGAGGGUCUGGCACCUUUCUCAUUCUUAUCCCACUCAAUCAAAGGAACUCUGGGAAGGAAGUUGUGAUCGCUGGCAAGUCCCCCCAACUGUACCAUGGGCAUGAGGAGCUGAAGAGAACUGUUGAGGAGGAUUUUUCCUGACCUUGAAGCGUUGUUAGACUAAUCUCCUCUCCUCCGCUGUUGAGGCUGGCUGCUUCUGGAGGCUACCUUGCACUCUCCCUCUUCUCCUUUUUCCACACUUCUCCACCCCUCCCACAUUUACGGCCAGAAUCAACAUUCCUUGGGUCCUUGAGGAAAUAAGCAGCUGGUCUGGAGGAGAGGAUUGGAAUCCAUGGCAAGAAAACACUCACUCUGUCUCUGCAGCGAGGAGUUGCCCCUCUUUAUACUGUGUUUCUCUGUGGACUGGGCAAGGUGGGGUAUUUAUUCCUCACUAGCUGGGUUACCAUCUUCAGGCGCUUUUUACAUCUGGCAUUCAGAAUGGAAAUAUGACAGUGGACAUUAGGGAGCCCUGCCUUUUUCUACUGGUUCCCCCAAUGUUUGAAAGAGGCAUUAGGCUCCUGGUAGCCUUCUCUGUGCAUUGCUGUAUACACACAAACACACACAUGUAUGUAUGUUUGUUACCAAGAACUGGUCAGACCUUGAGAGGUUAUUUGUAUACACUGGAUAGAUGCAGUUAAAAGGAGCUUUUGUUGAGAUUUGGCAUGAAGGAUAUGGUGCUCUAUUUGUAAUAGAAACUUCCAAGGCUCUUCCAGCUCCCCUUUUUCUCCAUUCUUUAGCUGUAGUCAUGAAUACUCGCCAUGAUUUUCAAAAUUGAUUCCCCUAAAGUGCAAAGUGGACAACUUCUAAAAGGUAUAUUGUUAUUAAUGUCCCUUUUCCUACCACAAAUUUUAAAGUUUCUCCUAAGCCCAUAACUUGCCUGUUGACUAUGGGAAAUGAUUGGAAAGAGGAGUUCACCAUUUUUAAAGACUAGACUCCUUAACAAAAGCACCCUUGCCCAUAGGAAGAAUGAGUAUCAGACUCAUCCUGGAGCAUAUUGGAGUCAAAUUCUCCAUUACUCCAAACCUCCUUUUUUAUUUCCUGAGCCUGGCUUGGACCUUGGCAUUCCGUUUGAAUUCCUUCUUCUAACUGGAACAUUUGUGUUGUAUCUGUAACACUGGCACUGAAAUAAAGACCACACGGUUAAAGAAAUCUUUCCUAUAUUGUACUUUAUCGUUUUGGAAUGAAGCCUUACAGCUUCCUUGCUCUUGAUGUCAGAGGAAGUCUUAUGGACACCAUAGGAGAUAGGGAUAUCCUUUCCUGAGUCUGAGAAAGUGGUCUCUUGAGAGAGGCUAAUUUCAUGAAUGUCUGCAUCAAAGACUUGAGGUCUGGAGCGUUUAAACUAGUGAGAGUGCCGAGUGCUUUUUAGAGAGGACCUUUGUAUUAUCAAAUCUUGAUGCUGAGUUGCUGGAACAAGGUAACGUGGCCCCUGUGGCACAUGUUGAAUGUACUGUGUAUGUUCAGGUGUGCAGGUGCCAUGUCUGAUAAACUAAACACUAAGGAAGAAAGGAGAAGUCAGGCCCACCUUGCUCUUCAAAUAUUUGCAUUCAUUACUGUAUUGAGUACAGUAUAAUGACUACUUUGGCUUUGAUCUUAAACCUGGGUAUAAGCAUCCAUUUUUUCCCUGUGCAUUUCACUAAGCCUUUACUUAAAAUCUUCAGUGUCUUGUCAAAUCUAGCUCUGUAUCAGAUGCUGGAGUACUUCUAACAUUUGACAAACUGGAGUUGAACUUAAAGGCUGCAAUGGGGAAACUUCCUGGUAUAAGUAUGUAAGAGCAAGAUUUGCUAAAACUUACUCCACUGGGUAAAUGGUUAACUGAGUCAAGAACAGGAUAUCUUGUGCAUAGUUUGAAGUAAGUGGGGACUAGUGUUAUUUCAGACAACUGCUCUGCCUGUGCGAUCAAAAACAGCCUCUAAAAGUUCCUUUGCAGACUGAUUUUAUUGGAUGCAUAUUUAGUGCUGUGAAAUAUGAUAGGAUUAACGCAAUAUUGGUGGAUUUCGUGAAUAGAAUUUGUCUAACAUUCCUCUUUGUGGCAGAGGCUUUAUUUUCUCUUUGACGUUUAUGGUGAAGCAGUUCAAGUUUCUUUAGUUGAACUGAGUGGAAUCUCAAAUCUGCUGAAGACAGUGUGAGCUAAUGGAACUGAAAAGGGUCUACUCUAAACAAAGCGUCUCUGUGGGUGAUCAUAGUUUUGAGGUAGAGUUAGAUGAUUAUCUAUCGCUUUGUCUAGACAGAAUACAAAUCAUGGCCUUAACACAAAGGGUGUGGCAUAGAAUACGGAGUGAUUUGGGAGAGUGAACCUGAGCACCAUACUAAAGCCUGGCAACCAGGAAACUGCCUAGGAUCCUGAUGGCUGUGCAGGCUCUUUCAAAUGAUUGGAUCUUUGAAAGCUUCAGCGUGCCUUAGUUUCUAGGAUCAGAAUUAGUUAUUUUCUCACUUGGCCUCGCUGCUUAGAGGAGAAAUCUCCUAAUUUCUGUGAAUUCUUGCAUAUUUCAGUAAUUUCUUUCCCUAAUAUAACCAUUCAAGGGGGAGCAAAUUUAGAUAGAUUUAUGACUUCAGAGCCAUUAUGAGGAAAGAGCAAUUUCCAUGGCUGUUUUAAUAACUCCAGGGUGAUAAGCAGUGAGCCUCAACACUUAAGAUAGAUAAUUUCACAUGCACUUUUACCUCAUUUUUUCCCUCUUACGGAGUAGUUUGUGUUCUGUAUCUGCCCCCCUCCCCCAAGUAAUCCUAAAGGAGAAUCAAUCUAAGUAAUCUCAAAAAAAUUGUAGUAAGGGUGCUGAACCCGAGAAACUUCUCCCACAAUGCUCCCGUGCUCUUACCUUGAGGUGAUUUGGACAGCCAUGGAAUGUUUCAUGCUGCGUGUAGUGAUGAUUUGUUCAUUUUAAGGUCUUCCUCAUUUAAACAUUCCACAGUGUAACAUUUGGGAGGGGAUUCUUUCCUCUUGCUCAGUUAAAGAUGUGGUUCAUAUCCCUUUUUUGUCCCAUUCACAGAAGAAAACAGACUUAAAACUGUCCAGCACUAAUGAUUUGAGUAUUUCCAUCUACUAUAUAACAUACUUUCCAUUUUUAUGUUUUUCUAGAAGAGAUUGGAAGUUACAAGAUACCAUUUUUGAGGUUCAACUUCAUUAUCUUCUACAUUGGGAAAUAUUUGGGCCACGAGAACUAGAGGAACAAAAGAGUUUGAAUAUGUAUAUUUUUUCCUAGUGAAUGUAUUUUAACCACAUUGUCCUAAACCAAGAGAGAGCUAGAGAGCAAAAAGUGGAUAUUCAUGAACUUUGUGGUUGGUGGAGAGGAGGUCACACAUGUCUUCUUACUCAAGAAUUUGGGAAUGGGGAGGAUCACUAAGAGAGAAUUGCUCAGAAAGUCCUGAAGUUUAAAACACUUUGACCAGCUUUGGCUCAGGAGGGUGGGGCUGCUUGUAGAACUGGAAGUGAGUAACUCUUUUUCAAGCAAUAGCAGUGAGCGUGUCCCAUCUAUAGAGUUCCAGGACCUGGAACACCUAAAUAGGAGAAAAUGUGGAAGCAGCUUGCACGGUUGCUUCACAAACUUCCACGAGGCUGAUUCUGGCUUCAAGAUGGAGCAUUGGCAAUUUUUUUGUUUUUGUUUUUGGAACCUGCUGUUGGGCUCUGUGUGUUUUUGUUUUCAUUUUCUAUUUUGGGGCCUCAUGGGAAAGAGCUUCUGAACUCUUUCCUUUGUGAAUUCCCAUUGUGUCCCUGUCAAGUCCCUUUUCUUCCAUAAUCUUGUAAGUUACAUUUUCAUUAAGCCCCAUCACAUCUUCUUUACUGUAAAAAUAUUAAAAAGCUGUUUUCAAGUGGGACAGCUAAUGAAGUUCUAAUUAAUGCAGACAUAUUUUUGAGAUGUAAAAAAAAAUUUAAAAUUAAAUGAUAAGUCUUAGAGGUGAGUGAGGAAUAAUAAAAUGGCUGUAAACAUUUACAUGGGAUGCAUUAGAAUUCUGUGUGUAUUGUCUUUUGGUUGAAACAAAUUAUGAACAGUGACUAAUAAUAAAAAGUCAAUACUCAAUGAAUUAAAA